GCGCAUUCAAUCUGAGCGGACGUAUGGCUGAUCUUUCGUAAAACGUGUUUCGUGUUUUUAGUUUCACUACACGUGGCGGAAGAGGUGAAUUUUAAUCAAGACUGACAGUUGAGAGUAGAAUUUUUCAAAAUGCACAAUUCCCUGAGGUUGUGCCUUCUCGGAAUGACUUUGAUCAGCGGAAUCGCUGUUGUUUCCGGUAACGAGGACUCAUCCGUCUUCAAGACGGUUCGCAAUAGUAAUGCCGCCAUAUUAAAUCGACUGGGUCUUGUACCGCUGGAAAUUCCAGAUGGUCAUCACAAGAAGAGGCUAGCCGGCCCUGAGCCACCCGCUUUUGGCGCUCAGUCCCGCAUCCACCAACCUUACAGUCGACGUCAUGGACAUCGUGACAGUCACGUUUACAUCGUUAAACUACCGGCGAGUCCGCCUUAUUACACCUUCACUAAACCACACAAGUCAGUGAAGGAUGACAACAAAAUUCAAAAGAACCUCGCCAGUUCCGUCGGUUUUCACAGCAAUGGCAAGCCGGGCAAAAUCUACCACUGGAAUCUCCCCCUCAUGAUGAAAAUCGCCGAGAAGAAACGCUACCAAUCCCAAAUGAAAAUGGACCAAUUCAAAAAGAAGAUGCAACUGGAGAACGAGAAACAAAAGACCGACAGCGAAAUAAUCAAGAUCAACAGCAACGACAUCAAUGCAAUCCAGGCGAUAAGCAAUGUCAAAACCAACAUCAACGACAUUGACCGCAAACAGAAUUUCAAUAACGGUAAAUACUUCCACUCAACCGACAAUAGAUUAAUGUAUGGCUCGAAACCAUCGAUUAGUCUACAGAAGCACAGUCGGAACAAUGACAAGAGAUUAAGUUAUCCAAUAAGUCUCGAGGUGGGCUCGAAGAAGAUCAAGGAAGCGGAGGGCUACAAAACGAAGAACAGCACCAAUAAGAUGUUCAGGUUGGCGGACUCGGCAACGUACCGAGUGGGAGUCAACGCGAACGAUCGCUUCUUGGCUUGGAACAAUCUGUCCAAUGAACUUCAUGGUUCGAGGAACACGCCCGACGAACAGAAGCCGAAGAAGCACCGGAAGAAGGCGGCCAUGUCCUACUACGCACCUCUCAGUCCCAAGUCUGGCUCGACCAGCAUCCACAAGAACUUCCCUGGCAACGGGAAACCAAAGGCCUUUUAUGUCAUGGAAAAGAGUCGCAAGCCUAUUUAUUAUCAUCAACUCUUGCCUUAAAAAUCCCCCCCCCCCCACACACCCUGCCAAAUUUUUUAAUCAUCAAGUAAUUAGAAAUUAAUUUACUGCAAACUUCUAUCGAAAACCGAAAAUAAAUUUUCGCCAUUUUCUUUGUUUUACUGAAGAACUUCACAAUUUUUCUAACUCUCUAAAUUUGAAUUAGUAAAGAUGUUUACUAGUUUGAAUUAGUGACUGACUUUUUUCUUUUGAAUUA